AUGCCUUACUAUGCGAAUAAUCCUGCUGCUGCGGCCGCCGGUAAUGUACCUCCUACCACUGCUGCACCGCCACCACCCCCUCCUCCACCAGGUGUGAUCCCACCACCCGUUCAAGGCGGUGGCAGCGGUGGCACCACAUCCCACGUACCACCAGCGCUUCGUACACGAGCAGGCAUUCCUGUGCACGAACCAUUGGUGAAUCCCACUGCAGCUGCUGCUGCUGCCGCCGCUCUUGCUUCACCUGACGCCGCACAUAUCAUCCGUAGUCCGUUACUCGAGGAAUUCCGCAGCAACAAGAACAAGAAAUACGAGCUCAAGGAUAUUGUCGACCACGUUGUAGAAUUCAGCGGCGAUCAACACGGCUCCCGAUUUAUUCAGCAAAAGCUGGAGACAGCCAACAGCGAUGAUAAGCAGCUAGUUUUCGAUGAAAUCUUACCCAAUUGCUUGCAGCUGAUGACCGACGUGUUUGGCAAUUACGUGAUCCAGAAGUUGUUUGAGCACGGAAGCCAGGCACAAAAGACGGUUCUUGCCAAGCAGAUGGAGGGUCAUAUCUUAUCCUUGUCGCUGCAAAUGUAUGGUUGUCGAGUGGUUCAAAAGGCAUUGGAACAUGUUUUGACAGAUCAACAGGCAACCAUGAUUCGUGAAUUGGACGGCAGUGUCUUGAAAUGUGUCAAAGACCAGAACGGUAACCAUGUCGUUCAAAAGGCAAUUGAACGUGUGCCAUCCCAGCACAUUCAGUUUAUUAUCGAUACCUUCCAUGGUCAAGUAUAUCAUCUCGCAACUCAUCCAUACGGUUGUCGUGUGAUCCAACGCAUGUUUGAACAUUGCCCUGAAGAGCAAACGGAACGAUUAUUGGAAGAACUGCAUCGAUGCACAAGCCAACUGGUACAAGAUCAAUAUGGCAACUAUGUUGUACAGCAUAUACUGGAGCAUGGCAAGGACGAAGACAAGCAACUGAUCAUUGGCAAAAUCCGUGGCCACGUGCUCCAAUUGAGCAAACACAAGUUUGCGAGCAACGUUGUUGAAAAAUGCGUUGCUUAUGGCAAUGUCGACGACCGACGUGCUUUGAUCGAAGAAGUCCUGCAGACACGCCCCGAUGGAUCGUAUCCUUUGUUGACUCUGAUGAAGGACCAAUAUGCUAACUACGUUCUCCAAAAGAUGCUGGAUGUUGUUGAUGAUGGAGAGCAGCGGGACUUGCUCGUCAGUAAAAUCAGAAUGUAUCUGCACUCGGUGAGAAAAUACACAUAUGGAAAGCAUUUAACGCAGAGUAAGUACCCUUUCUAUCAUAGCUACUGCCGCAGGCUCUCUUUGUUGGAAUUCUUGAUGUACUUAUUGAUGUUCACUGUUCUUUUUUUUACAAAAACAGAGGUGGAAAAACUGUUGCCUCUCAGUAAUGAUCCAGCAGCGGCAACGAUUCAACAGCAGGAAGGCCAAGCGACAUCGCCAUCACCAGUACCUUCGUCAGUAGAGCCUGGAUCUCCACUAGUGUCUGCUGUGGACGAUAACGGCGACAGGUAG